GCGGCGGGGGCGGCGCCCGGCACUGGCCAGGCAGUAGGAGGGGCGCGGCUGGACGCAAAGGGCAAAAGGAGGGCCGGAGGGCGCCAGCCGCCAGUCAGUCGGCAGGGACCCGCAGGAUGUUUUUCUCUGGUGGCCAGACUGGCCUUGCUAGUCUAUCUAAAGGACUUUUACCAACGUUCAAGAUAUCCCUUGUCAUCGUUUGCCUUCAUGUCACGCUGGUUACAUCCCUAGAAGAACCCUCUCGUAAUUCCAAUGUGUUAUCACCAUCUGAAAAAGCUAAAAUCACUAUAGUAAAAACCUUCAAUGCAUCAGGAGUCAAACCCCAGAGAAGAAUCUGUAAUUUGUCGUCUACUUGCAAUGACUCAGUGUUUUAUAGAGGUGAGAUCAUGUUUCAGUAUGAUGAAGAAAGCAAUGUUACCCAGAAUCAAAAUACGGCUAAUGGCACCUUAGCAACAGGAGUCCUGUCUCUAAGAGAAUCGAAGCGGUCAGAGCUCAACAAAACUCUGCAAACACUGAGUGAGACUUAUUUUAUAAUGUGUGCUACAGCAGAGGCUCAAAGCACAUUAAAUUGUACAUUCACAAUAAAACUGAACAAGACAGUGAACAUAUGUGCGGCCGUAGUUGCUUUGAAAGGGGUAAUGAUUCGACCAAUGGACCAGUGCUGCUGUGUGAUCGAGACAGCCUGUCCUUCCUCACCGGAGGAGUUAGAAAAGCUGCAGUGUGACAUGCAGGAGCCUGUUACCUGUCCUGCCGGUCCUCUACAUGGCCCACCGUUUUCUUCAUCCCGGGAUUCCAGCCCAGAGGUUCUUCAGGCCACAGUGUCUUCCCAGAUCACCAGUGCCUUCUCUUUGAUCCAUUCUAUAGAUCCUCCACCUAGAACCCAGAGCUCUACCUCUCCCAGUGGGGACAUUUACCCACUUUCUCCGCAGCCUUCCGCGUCCAUAGCUUCCAGCCCUGUCGUUGAUGUGCCCCCACAAUCUGGAAGUUUCUCUUCUCCUAUGCCCCAGUCUGCUCUUCUCCAUACACUGCCACCUGUGAAAUCCUCACUUCCUUCUCCCACCGUCUCUGCCCCGGUGAAGGUCAUCAGGCCCAGUGUGUCAUCUGACAAGAAAGACGUUGUUCACAGCAGCACCAUCAGGGUUUGGUGGAAUCUUGAGGACGAAGUGUCCAGGAUGGAGCAGGCUCUGUCCGUGGGCAGCUUGGAGCCUGACUUUGCAGAAGCUAUGAUAAACCAAGUCAGCAGACUCCUUCGUUCCCCACCUGCCUUGUUGGCCCCAGUGGCUCAAAGAUUGCUAAAAGUAGUGGAUGGCAUCGGCUUUCAGACGAAUUUUUCAAACAAGAGCAUACGUCUAACCUCCCCUUCUUUGGCUCUGGCCGUGAUCAAAGUGAAUGCUAGUAAUUUCUACACAACUACCUUUGCUGCCCAAGACGCCGACCAUCUUCAGGUAUCUCUGGAAGCUGAGGCUCCUGAGAACAGCAUUGGUAGCAUUACUCUACCUUCAUCGCUGAUGAGUAACAUACCAGCUGCAGAUGCAGAGCUAGCGUCAAGGAUUCAGUUCAACUUUUUUGAAACACCUGCCCUGUUUCAGGACCCUUCCCUGGACAACCUCUCUCUCAUCAGCUAUGUCAUAUCAUCAAGUGUUGGGAACCUGACCAUUGAGAACUUGACAAGAAACGUGACGGUGACAUUAAAACACAUCAAUCCAAACCAGAGUGACUUGAGAGUAAGAUGUGUAUUUUGGAAUUUGAGCGAAAAUGAUGGCAGAGGCGGCUGGUCUCCCGAGGGCUGCUCCGUCAAAAAACAGCAGUUGAAUGAGACCACCUGUACCUGCAACCACCUGACAAGCUUUGGCAUCCUACUGGACCUAUCUCGAACUUCCUUACCGUCUGCUGAGAUGAUUGCUCUGACAUUUAUCACUUAUAUUGGUUGUGGGUUUUCAUCAAUUUUUCUGUCAGUUACUCUCGUAACCUACAUAGUCUUUGAAAAGAUCCGCCGGGAUUACCCUUCCAAAAUCCUCAUCCAACUAUGUGCGGCUCUGCUCCUGCUCAACCUGGCCUUCCUACUGGACUCAUGGGUUGCUUUGUAUGAAGUCCGAGGCCUCUGCAUCUCUGUAGCUGUACUUGUGCAUUAUUUUCUCUUGGUUUCGUUCACAUGGAUGGGCUUGGAAGCCUUCCAUAUGUACCUGGCUCUUGUCAAAGUGUUUAAUACCUACAUCCGAAAAUACAUCCUUAAAUUCUGCAUUAUCGGUUGGGGGAUACCAGCUGUAGUUGUGAUCAUCAUCCUCGCUGUAUCUCCAGAUAGCUAUGGGCUUGGAUCCUAUGGGAAAUUUCCCAAUGACUCGUCUGACGACUUUUGCUGGAUCAACAGCAAUGCUGUAUUCUAUGUUACCGUGGUGGGAUAUUUCUGUGUGAUCUUUUUGGUGAACCUCAGCAUGUUCAUUGUGGUCCUGGUUCAGCUCUGUCGAAUUAAAAGGAAGAAGCAACUGGGAGCCCAGCGAAAAACCAGUAUUCAAGACCUCAGGAGUGUUGCUGGCCUUACUUUUUUACUGGGAAUUACUUGGGGCUUUGCCUUCUUUGCCUGGGGACCAGUUAGCACUACCUUCAUGUACCUCUUUGCCAUCUUUAAUACCUUACAAGGAUUUUUCAUAUUCAUCUUUUACUGUGUAGCAAAAGAGAAUGUCCGAAAGCAAUGGAGACAGUAUCUUUGUUGUGGAAAGUUACGUCUGGCUGAAAAUUCUGACUGGAAUAAAACUGCUACUAAUGGCUUAAAGAAGCAGGCUGUAAACCAAGGAGUGUCCAGUUCUUCAAAUUCCUUACAAUCAAACAGUAACUCCACCCACUCCACCACGCUGCUAGUGAAUAACUCACAGGCGGGACUCACAAGCGGGAAUGGGAAUGCAUCUACGGAGAAGAAUGGUGUUUCUUUCAGUGCUCAGAAUGGAGAUGUGUGCCUUCAUGAUUUCACUGGGAAACAGCUCAUGUUCAAUGAGAAAGAAGACGCCUGCAAUGGAAAGAGCCGGCUCGCCCUCAGAAGGACUUCGAAGCGGGAAAGCUUACACAUCAUUGAGCAACUGUGAUUUUUUCCCCCUAAAAUCAAAGCAUGAGGCUUGACUGCGUGAAAAUGUCUAAUUUUACCUUUUACACAAUGUGAGAUAUCUGAAAAUCAACUAGUUUUCUACUCAGCCACCUUAGAAGGAGCAUAAGCUAAUUGAGGGUCGUGGGUCCUCAUGGAAGAGGAAAUCAAGACAUUUAGCCUGGCUUAUAGACACUUGUGAUUUUGUUUCUGGUCCUUCAUUUGAAAAGAAGAUUACUCUUUGGGGCUGGAGAGAUAGUACCGUGAGUAAGGCACUUGCCUUGCAUGCGGCUGAGCUUGGUUCAAUCCCUGGCACCAAGUAAUGUUCCCUGAGCACUACCAGGGGUCACUCCCAAGCUCAGAGCCAGGAAUAGCCCCUGAACAUUAGGGGGUUUA